AUGGCUCCAGUAGAAGAUACUCAAGAUAGAAUAUGUCAAAACAUCACAGAAGCGAUCGGGCAUACUCCUAUGGUGUACUUGAACAAGGUUACCGAAGGAUUGAAUGCUAAGAUUGGUAUGUAAUCUUUUCAUAAUUAGUUAGUGGGCUUUUAAGAAUGUUGUUGCUCAGAUAUUUAUAGAAACUAUUAUAUUUUAUUUAGGCAAUAGGGAAGAAAUUAAAUUUUAGUUAUGAAAUGAGAAUUUUUAUUUUUAGGUAACACUAUAUAGCAUGUUUGAUUUAUAUUGCAAUUUUAAUUAUAAGGACAAUGAAAAUCUUAAAAAUGUUUUCAACUUACCUAUUUUUAGCAAAUAAAUCUAAAAUUAUAUUUGUUAUAUUCAGCUGUCAAGUUAGAGUACAUGAAUCCAGCCUGUUCCGUGAAGGAUCGACCGGCUUCUCAUAUGAUUGAAGUUGCCGAAAAAGAGGGCAAGAUCAAGCCAGGAGAUGUGAUUAUAGAGCCAACUUCUGGAAACAUGGGUAUUGGAAUGGCAAUGGCUUGUGCUGUGAAAGGAUACAAGUUGAUCUUGGUCAUGCCGAGCAGUAUGAGCUUGGAAAGGGUGGGUUUUUAGUGUUUUGAAGUGGUUAUGGGUUGAGUUUGAGGUUAGAAAAGGUUUCGUUGUGGUUAUAGGUUGUUGUUGGUGUUGUUAAAGAAGUUUACUUGUGUUUUACUAAAUUUUAUGGUUAUUUUUUAAUGUUAUUAACGCAAUAUUCACAGUAUGUCAGUCUUUCAAUGUCAAAUUGAGCUUUUUUUCAGCGAGUCUUGUGCAAAGCCUACGGGGCUCAGGUAGUCAUCACAGAUGCCGCUCUUGGCUUUAAAGCCUCUUUCGAACGUGCUCAAGAACUAAACAAAGCUAUUCCAAACUCAUUCAUUCCGAACCAGUUUGCCAAUCCAGCUAAUCCACAAGUCCACUACCUAACUACAGGACCUGAGCUCUGGCGACAAACUGAAGGUAAGGUGGAGCUAGCCGUUUUUGGAGUGGGAUCAGCUGGAACGUUGACGGGAGUCGGCACCUUCUUGAAAGAAAAGAAUCCGAACAUCAAGUUGUAUGCUGCCGAACCUUACGAGUCUUCAGUGAUCAACGGCCUACCAGCUGCACCACACACGAUUCCAGGUAUUGGUGCUGGAAUCAUUCCUGACAAUCUGAAGCCGAUCUACGAUGAAGCAUUGAGGGUCAAGAGUGCUGAUGCUGUGGAAAUGGCAAAGCGAUUGGCUACGGAGGAGGGGAUUCUGAGUGGAAUCAGCAGUGGAGCUAAUGUUUUGGCAGCGAUUGAGGUAAGAUAAGAUAAAACGUUGUGAAGGUUUUGCGAAGGGAUGAAUAAUAUAAGAGUUUUGAAGUCAAAAAUGAAUCUCAGUUAAUGAUUAUCAGUAUAGCGUGUUAUCAAUGUAAAAAACUUGAUUUUCUUCAACUAAAACCUUAUUUCAGCUAGCCAAAAGGCCGGAAAACGCUGGCAAGCUCAUUGUUACCUGUCUACCUAGCUUUGGAGAACGCUAUCUGAGCACGUUACUGUACAAAACGAUAAAAGACGAAUCAGAAGUUCUCAAGAUCACAUCGCUAGAGGAAGACAAGGAUAACCUCAACAAGUUAUGGGGCUUGAGCCUAUAA